AUGGCGUUGCCUCCAAAGUGGUAUCAGUUCCUCGUCUCAGUCUUUGCCUCUUUGGGCUCUGUACUCUACGGUUAUGAUCUCGGUGUCAUCGCUGGAGCCAUCGGUUCCAAGUCUUUCAACAAUGAAUUCGAUCCUACUUCCAACGAGACUGGUGCUGUCGUCAGUGUGUUCACUGGUGGUGCUUUCUUUGGUGCUUUCUUCGCUGGCCCAUGCGGUGAUAAGCUCGGUAGAAAGAUGACUAUCCUAAUCGGUUCGAUUGUCUUCAUAGUCGGUGGAGCCCUCCAGACUGCAGCUCAGAACCUCCACUACCUCUACGCUGGCCGUGCCAUUGCUGGUCNNUUGGGUACUGUUGGCAUGCUGGUCAUGAUUAUCCCUCUGUACCAGGCUGAACUGGCGCAUCCCUCUAUCCGUGGUCGUGUUACUUCUCUGCAGCAGUUCAUGUUGGGUAUUGGUGCUUUUGUCGCAUCUUGGGCCGCCUUCGGAUGUUACACCUCAUAUGGAGACCACGACAGCAGACAAUGGAGAAUCCCUCUCGGUGUCCAGAUGCUCCCUGCCGUGCUUCUCGCUGCUUUGAUCUUGUUCUUCCCCGAGUCUCCAAGAGUACGUGGCUAUCUAUUAUUGCAACUCGACAAUAUGGCUGACAUUGCUUUAGNNUGGCUUAUGUCGAACGGGCAAACUGAGAAGGGUCUUCAGACUCUCGCCAAAUUGCACUCUAACGGCAACACUCAAGACGCCUGGGUUGUCGCCGAAUUCGAAUCUAUUCAAGACGCCGUUACUUACGAGAAAGAGCACGAAGCAAAGUCUUACAUGGAGCUUUUCACGAACAAGUCAAGCUUCCGUCGCUUGUUUAUCGCUGUUGCCCUGCAGGCUUCUGUUCAGAUGACUGGCGUAUCUGUCAUUCAGUACUACUCGGUUGAGAUCUUUGCUCAGAUUGGUAUCUCCGGAGACGACACUCUCAAGUACCAGGCCAUCUCUUCUCUGAUCGCUCUUUUGGCACAGUUCUGCUGUUUGAUGCUUAUCGACAAAUUUGGCCGCCGCUGGCCUCUCAUUCUUGGUAACAUCGGCAAUGCUCUUUGCUUCAUCGUUGCAACUGUUCUGCUCGCCAAGUUCCCUCCGGAUGCCAAUGAUCCUUCAAAGUCGAACAAGGGUGCUGGUUGGGGCUUCAUUGUUGUCGGUUGCUGGCUGUACAACUUUUCCUUCUCAGCUACUUGCGGUCCCUUGAGUUGGAUCAUCCCUGCCGAGAUCUUCGACACCAGAACCCGCAGUAAGGGUGUCUCAAUCGCCACUAUGGUCUCCUUCGCUUUCAACACUAUGAUUGGCCAGACCACCUCUGUGGCUAUUGCCAGCAUUGGCUGGAGAUGGUACAUUGUCUUUAUCGUUUGCAACUUCACCAACGCUCUCUUCUUCUGGGCUAUCCUCCCGGAGACUGCUGGUCGUCCCCUCGAAGAGAUGAACUACCUCUUUACUCAAGCCCCUCUGUUUGUACCUGGAACUGCUGCUGGUGGUCGCAAGGGCUUUGCUACCGGCGAGCUCGAGAGACGUGUCGAGGAGGUCGAGAGAAAGGGUUCGAUUACCAUUCAUCAGGAGGAGAAGACCACUGUUUAG